ACGUAUUUGGCGAGCCAACCGCAGAGAGUUGCACUUAGCUCUCAACUUUUUCUGCGUACGCUUUGGAGCUCCUCGCUCGUCUAAAAAGCACUCGCCAUGUCGAAGCCUGUUCUACUGUCCAGCUAUCUCAGUUCCUGCGGCUGGCGUGUACGCAUUGUUCUGGAGGUGAAGAAGAUCGACUUCGAAUAUCGCGCUGUGUACUUGUGGCCAGACACUGGCGAACAGCAAUCCGAAAAGUUCAAAAGAAUGAACCCAAUGGGCCAGGUUCCAGUCUUGCUUGUCGAUGGAAAGCCCAUCAGCCAAUCGGUGGCCAUCAUGGAGUACUUGGAGGAGAAGUAUCCAGAGCCAAGGAUGCUGCCCGCAGACUCUUACCUGAGAGCUAAGUGUCGAGAGGUCGUCGAGCUCCUGGUUUCCGGUGUCCAGCCUCUGCAGAGCAUCGGGCUGAUCCCUAUCCUUGGCAAGGUGGAAUGGAAGAAGUGGGCCGACCGCAACAUCAAUCGUGGUUUUACUGCACUAGAAGCCAUCUUUGCGGCGACAGCUGGGAAGUACUGCUUCGGAGAUGAGGUGACUUUCGCGGAUGCCUGCCUCGUGCCUCAAGUGUGCAACGCGUACCGCUUCGGCGUUGAUGUGACACCCUUCCCGACCGUGCGGCGGAUUUACGAGGCGCUCCAGCAACACCCGCUCGUCCAGAAGGCCGACCCGUCAUGUCAGCCGGACACUCCUCCAACUGGAGUGCCCAACACCGUCAACCUUUUCAAAGGCCCGGGAGACCAGUAGUGCUUAAAGGUCAUAUGUGUUCAA